GAUUUAAAACGUGGUGUGUUUGACGGACCCAAGGAGUUAAAGAGAGGGCCAUGACCCGUUUAUCCGAGAAGCUCCGUUUAUCUUCCUUGCUUCAGGAACCGACCCGUUUUCUCUCUCUUCUUUCUCUGUCCACUCUCAAUCUCUGCAAGUCCCUCGCGCGCUUCAUACUCUCCCAAACCCUACCCUUCCUCGCCAUGGACAACCUCUUCUCCGAUUACUUCUCCGACGACUUUGACUCCCCCUACCACCUCCGUCCCCACCGUCGAUUCCUUCAAGAGGAUGAACUUUAUUUCGGCGACGAACGGGUCUACUUGCUUCCCUACAGGUGGUGGAGAGAAGCGGAAGUCGAAGUUGAUCGUGUAGAGGGUGUUUUGUACACGGUGUCGUGCAAUUCAGACUCUGACUUUGAAAUUUUACUCCAUCUGAGGAAGGAAGAGGACCGCCAGAAGAUUAAAAAUUUGGAAGUGGGGUUUUCUGGCCGUCAGUAUGCCUUGGUUCCUGAAGGGAUUUGGUUGCGUGCUCUCAAAAGGUAUAACGAUUUUAAUAAUGCAGUGAAAGAUUUUGGAAGCUUCUCCUAUGCGGAGGACAGUUUGCCAGAUUUGUUCCCCUUGCAAGUUAGGAUAUUUGUUUCAUGGGAAACCAGUUCACUUGUAGCAAAGAUAAACCACAAGGAAAAUAUGGCUGACUUCUUUAAGAAAGCUUGUGAUAUUUUCGAUUCUGCAUAUAACGCAGUGCAUAUUUGGGACUUUUCAGGGCAGACAACCCAAUUCUUCUUGAAUGACAAAGCUAGGUUGCCAAAUGAUUCUCCUGGUCAACCUGGAAAAGAGGUUUGUCUGGAAUUACAAGUUCAUGGACUUCCAGAUUCUAUGAGGGGUAACGAGAGCAAUGAGAUGAUUUUAGAUAGGUCUCAAGGGGAAUGUUCUCGCAGUGGGUCUGUUAUGAUGAAUGGAAGCACUGACAAUGUGAUUCCCUAUGUAAUAACAACCAACUAUUUUCGAGGCAGUAGCUAUAAAGCAGUUCGAUCUUUGGGCCUGACAGGAUUACAGAAUCUUGGAAAUACGUGUUUUAUGAAUAGUGCCAUUCAGUGUUUGGCUCACACAUCGAAGCUUGUUGAUUUUUUCCUUGGAGAUUACCGUAAAGAGAUAAAUUAUGAAAAUCCAUUAGGAAUGAAUGGAGAGCUUGCUCUAGCUUUUGGAGACUUACUUAGAAAACUGUGGGUUCCUGGAGCAAGGCCCGUUGCACCAAGAAUGUUCAAGAUGAAACUGGCUAAUUUUGCUCCUCAGUUUAGUGGUUACAGCCAGCAUGACUCUCAAGAACUUCUUGCUUUUUUGUUAGAUGGACUGCAUGAAGACCUUAAUAGUGUGAAACGCAAGCCAUAUCAUGAAGUUAAGGAUGCAGAUGGUCGUCCUGAUGAAGAAGUUGCGGACGAGUAUUGGCGAAAUCACCUUGCUCGAAAUGACUCGAUAGUAGUUGAUCUGUGCCAAGGUCAGUUUCGGUCAACAUUGGUUUGCCCUAUUUGCAAGAAGAUUUCUAUCACGUUUGACCCUUUUAUGUAUCUAUCUCUGCCUUUACCUUCUACUACGAUCCGGUCCAUGACUUUGACUGUCAUAAGUACUGACGGUAUUGCAUUACCUUCUACAAUUACCGUUACAGUACCUAAAUGUGGGACAGUUAAGGACCUAAUUGGAGCCUUAAGUGCUUCUUGUUCACUGCAAGAUGAUGAAACCCUCUUGGUGGCUGAGAUAUACAAGAAUAAAAUUUUCCGAGUAUGCAAGGAUCCAUCUGAUUUGUUAGAUGAUAUUAGAGGUCUAGACAAACUUGUCGCUUACCGAAUGCCGAAGUAUAAUGAAACUAGUCCCUUGGUUGUUUUUGUGCAUGAAUGUUUGGUGGAAAGUUCUGGGAAGGAGAGGUUUGAAAACAGAUUGUUUGGCAUUCCACUUGUAACAAGGUUGUCCAGUCUUUCUUGUGGAUAUGAUGUUCAAAGGGAGUUUCUGAAGUUAAUCAGUCCAUUUCAGAUGUGUACUGAAGAUAUAUUAGAUGAGUCUGAUAAGGAUGACAGUGUUAAUAAAAGGCUGAGUGAAGAUGAUGAAUUGGGUGAUACUACUAACUCUGCAGCAAUAGGAAGUGAUGUAGACUCAAAUAGUGGAACAGAGGAUGACAUACAUUUUUCGACUGAUUUUGAAUUCUACUUACCUUCUGGGUUAGGAAUACAGAAUGUCAAGAUAACAUUGAACAAGCCAUUACCACCAAUCACGAUGUUGUCCAAAAGGCUGGAGAUAGUUGUCUUAUGGUCGGGUAAGAUGCUUAAAAAGUAUGAUACAUACCUACUUGACUCAUUGCCUGAGGUUUUCAAGCCCCAGCUAUGCACGAAGAGAAUUGAAGAAUCAGUUUCUAUUUACAAGUGCCUUGAAGCCUUCUUAAAAGAGGAACCUCUUGGGCCAGAUGACAUGUGGUACUGUCCUACCUGCAAAAAACCUCAGCAAGCAACUAAAAAACUAGAUCUUUGGAGAUUGCCUGAAAUCCUUGUUGUUCAUUUGAAGAGGUUCUCAUACUCCCAAUUCAACAAGAACAAGCUGGAAACAUUCGUUGAUUUCCCAAUCAAUGAUCUGAACUUAACAACCUUUGUAGCCCACAGCAAUAGUCAGUCUUGCAACCGCUAUAUGUUGUAUGCAAUUAGUUGUCAUUAUGGAGGGUUAGGAGGAGGUCAUUAUACAGCAUUUGUCCGUUAUGGCCAUGAUAAAUGGUAUGAUUUUGAUGACAGCAGGGUUGAAUAUGUUAGUGAGGACAUGAUAAAGACUCCUGCUGCUUAUGUUCUUUUCUACAGGAAAGUUUAGAUGAAAAUUUUAGAUGCAAUUGUGUAAUUAGUCAUAGCAACAUGGAAUGCUUGAGGCUUUUUAUACCUUUUGCCUCUGCGGUUUUUGACUUCCUCAAAAUUGCUGCUGAAGCGGUACUGGUUGGGUUUUACUUAGGCAAGUGAAGAGAAAAGCAAAUAUUUUAACAUUGUACAGCUUUUAGACUACAGGGAAAAGAGGGUAGAUCUUAAAUUUUUAUACCUGGUGGAUAGAUUACUACACAUGUUGGGCGACAUGUACAUAUGCAUCCUGGAAAUAUUUAACCAAAUUUUUUUACCAGAUGUAGCUCGGGUUCUUUUUAAAACAUGAUUAUAUAUGGAAAAUUACACAUUUUUGCCUCUUGGAUUAUCUCAUUCUUAGAUUAGGCCAAUUUUUCCCGUGGUUGUAAGUUGUACGUAUGACAGGACAUGUUCAGUUUAAUGCUAUAUAUUUCCUGUCUUCAGUAAAAAAAAUGUCGAUAAUUCUUAAUUUUUUUUUAUACUCAUUUGUGUAAAAGACAACUGUUGCAUUAGCAAUGUCUGAAAUGAUUGAUAAAUAUUUAGUGCUUUAUUUUUCGGC